CGGUACGGGACGGAGUACGGACGGUACGGUACGGACAGAGAGGAGCGCAGUGAUGGCCCCCGCCACCGCCGCCGUCGCAGCUGCCCUGGUGACGGCACUGAUCAUCUCCAGACACGCCGUCAGGGCGGCAGAGUUCUACUGCGACGAGCGGAGCCAGGCGUGCCACCCGGAGCCGUGCGACUCGUGCGGCGUGGACGUCAUCUACCGGUCGGUCACCGAGUGUCAGCUCAGCUGCUCCCGCGCCGACGCAGACGUCCAGUCGGCCUGGUCCUGCGUGCUGCCGCCCGAACAGGGGCCCUGCAGGGACCGCAGUCGCCGCUGGCACUUUGACCUAAAGGUCGGCGAGUGCCGAGACUUCUCCUACGGAGGAUGUCUGGGCAACUCGAACAACUUCGGAACGCGGUCCGAGUGCAGGAGCGUCUGCGAGUACCGCAUCGGCGAGAUCCUGCCCAUGCUGAACGUCACACUGAGCGGCAGCUCGGAGAGAGCCGCGCGCUGUCUGCUGCCGCGCCCGGAUGGCCCCUGUGCGGCCGGAGCAGAGACCGACGGCCAGCCGCGGUACGCCUUCGACCGGAGCAGCGGCCUGUGCCGGCCGUUCGAGUGGACCGGCUGCCAGCCAGACGGAAACGUGUUCACCUCCCAACUGGCCUGUCAGAUCCAGUGCGAGGGCGUCCGGCCGCUGUUCCCCGUCCACCCGCCGCAGCAGCUGCCCGAGCGCAGCGGUCUCCACCAUGCGAUGGCUGAGCGGGUGCGGGAGUCGAUGCCUGAGGACGAGGACCACGACCCGUGCCUGCUGCCGGCCGACCCGGGCUCCUGCGGCGCCGACAGCCCGCGACUCUACUACGACGCCGAGCGGGGCGCGUGCCGCCGCUUCCUGUACGGCGGCUGCGGCGGCAACCUCAACAACUUCCUCAGCCUGGCCGACUGCCACGGCACCUGCAGCAGCAACGCCUCGCUGGCGCCGCUGCCGGCCACCUGCCGGGCGCCCAAGCUCGUCGGCACGUGCAGCUCCAGCGUCCUCCGCUUCUACUACGACGAGCCCACGGCGCGCUGCAGGGCGUUCCGUUUCUCGGGCUGUGACGGCUCGGAGAACAACUUUGUCACGCUGUCGGCCUGCGUGUCGGCGUGCCGCCCGCCUCCCGAGGACGUCCCCGAGCAGGAGGCAGACGUGCUCAGCGGCCUGGAGGUGCGCGGCCGCCGCAUGGAGGGCGCCUCCCCUCAGACAGACGUCUGCAGCCUGCCGCCCAUGGCCGGCCCGUGUAAGGCCGAGCUGGUGCGAUGGCACUACGACCCCAUCGUCGGACGCUGCCGCAAGUUUCUCUACGGCGGCUGCGAGGGCAACACCAACAACUUCGUCAGCCGGCGCGCGUGCGCGGAGUCGUGCGGCCGGCGGCGUCCGGAGCCACGCGCCGACCCGUGCUCGGGCCCGCCCAAGGAGGAGGGCUCACGCUUCUGCGGCGCCAAGCUGCAGCGCUACUCGUACUCGGAGGCGACGGGCCGCUGCGAGCGGCUCAUCUUCGACGGCUGCGGCGCCACGGCCAACAACUACCGGACCGUGUUUGAGUGCGAGAGCGCCUGCCUGAGCGGCCCGGCCCAGCAGCCGGCAGGUGCGUUGCUGAUGAAUUUUGGUCUGCAGCUGUUCAGCGCGGAGCGCGUGUGUCGUCUGGUGCCGGACCCGGGCCGAUGUGACGCGCAGAUCGACCGCUACUACUACGAACCGGACUCGGGCCGGUGUCGGCGACUCAUCUACCGCGGCUGUCGCGGUAACGCGAACAACUUCCAGACGAUGCGGGAGUGUAUGAGCACGUGCCGCGGUGUGGGCCCGGAGAGCCCGGAGCCGGAGUCGGCCGUCGACUGCUCGGCGCCGCCGGUUCACCCGGACAGCCGGGCCUGCUCGGAGAGCAUUGUGCGCUACUACUACAGCGUGGCGGAUGGCCGGUGCGUGCGACUGCUGUACGGAGGCUGCGGCGCCACCGACAACAACUUCGCCACGCUGCGCGAGUGUGAGCGCAGCUGCCCGGCCGGCGCCGUCAACCAGACAGAGGUGUGUCUGGCGACCCCCGCCUCGCCCGGUAACUGCCUGGGCCUGCUGCGCCGCUACACCUACAACCCGGAGACGGGCACCUGUUCGGAGUUUGAGUACACGGGCUGUGGAGGCAACGACAACAACUUCUCCAGCCGACGCGAGUGUCUGGAGCUCUGCCGCGGCGUCACCGAACAGCAGGGCAACGGCGACAUGUGCACAAUGCCGAUGGACGCCGGCCCGUGCUCGGGCGCUAUCGACCGCUACUUCUACAAUCCGUCGUCGGGCCGCUGUCAGCGGUUCACCUACGGCGGCUGCGAGGGCAACGCCAACAACUUCGCCUCGUUCGGCGAGUGUCUGGAGCGGUGCAGCGGCACGACGCCCACCGCGCCCUCUCCCGUGCCCAGUGAGGUCUGCCGGCAGCGCUCGCUGGUGGGCCCCUGCGCCGGCAGCGUGUUCCGCUACUACUUUGACCAGUUCGAGGGCCGCUGUCAGCAGUUCAUCUACAGCGGGUGCGGCGGCAACGACAACAACUUCGAGACGCGCGCCGAGUGCGAGCUGUCGUGUCCGGCCGAGUCACCCGGCACGGAGCCGACCACCCCCGAGACGUCCACCGACCCGUCCACCGACGAGGUGUGCUCCCUGCCGCCGGAAGUGGGGCCCUGUUUCGCCAGCAUGCCGCGCUUCUACUAUGACCCUGCCCGGGGCCAGUGCCGCUCCUUCACCUACGGCGGCUGCUCCGGCAACGCCAACAACUUCAUCACGCUAUCCGAGUGCAGCCGGCGCUGCGAGCCGGCCGCCGACCGUCCGGCGCGCUGUCUGGCGCCCGGCGCCGGCGCCUGCCGCGACAGCCCGCGCCGCGACCAGCGCGCCGUGCGCUCCUUCUACUUCGACCAGCGCGCGGCGCGCUGCCUGGCGCGGCCCGAGGGCGACUGCGGCGCGCGCAACAGCUUCCUGUCGGCGGCCGCCUGCCGGGACGAGUGCGCCGUGCCGUUCGCGGCGCGCGCCGUCUGCGAGCUGCCGGCGGAGCGGGGCGAGUGCGCCGGCCGCCAGCGGCGCUGGGCCUACGACCAGCGCGCCGGCCGCUGCCAGCCCUUCGAGUACGGCGGCUGCGGCGGCAACGCAAACAACUUCGCCACGCUGCGCGACUGCCUGAGCUCGUGCCGCGGCAUGGCGCUGCAGGACGCCGGCGAUGUGCCCGACACGUGCCUCGAGCCGCCCGCUGAGGACGACUUCUGCGAGCCGCGCCAGCGAACCCGGCCCCUCUGGACCUUCAACGCGCAGACGCUCAGGUGUGAGUCGUUUGACUCUUACGGCUGCGAGGUGGGUCAGAACAUGUACUCGAGCCGGUCAGAGUGUGAGCGCGCCUGUCGCGCCGAGCCGACCACACCGCGGCCCGAGGACCCGAGCUGCACCGUCGAGCCGCGGCCCAUCUUCGACUGCGUACCCGGCGAGCGGCGCACGGUAUACUUCUACGUGCCGAACCGGGACACGUGCCUCACACUGACCGACCGGGGCUGCCUCAGCGGCGGCAACAAGUAUUCAUCCAGAGAGGCCUGUAUGCGAGCCUGUUCCGGCGGCGGCGGAGACAGCGGGGAGGGCGGACCGGCCACGGACGUCUGCCGUCUCCCGGUGCAGCCCGGCAGCGCCUGUAAGGCCCGCAUGCGGCGCUGGGCGUUCAGCGCCGGCCGCUGCCAGCAGUUCUUCUACUCGGGCUGCGACGGCAACGGCAACAACUUCGAGACAGAGGAGGAGUGUCGCCAGAUGUGCGGCGACGCCACCGAGCCCAUCGACACCACCCCAGAGUACUGCCUCCGGCCGCCGCGGCGCCUGCUCGGCUGUCGGCCCAGUGCACGCACCGAACAGCGCUUCUACUUUAACCGGGAGCGCGGCACGUGCGAUGUCUUCCUGUACGACGGCUGUGACAGCGGCGGCAACAUGUUCACCAGCCGGCGCGCCUGCAUGGCCGACUGCAUGCCCAGUGGCAGCGGGGAGGAGCCGGACACCGACGACCGUCCGCAGUUCUGCAAUGAAGAGCCGGAGCGUCUGUCCAACUGCCGGCCGGGCAGGCGCCAGACCAAGUACUACUUCAGCCGCUCGGCCGACCGCUGUCUGUCCAUGCAGUCGGUAGGCUGUGAGCGCACCACGCGCAACCUGUUCGACACGCGGGCCGGCUGCGAGCUGACCUGCGACCCGCGCGACCCGACAGAGACUCCGGACACGGGCGACACGCCGGCGUUCUGUCGCGCCGCGCCGGAGCCGAUCCGCGGCUGUCGCGGCGGAGACCGGCAGGUCAUGUACACCUACAGCGCGGCCGAGCAGCGGUGCAGCUCCUUCGUCACCUUCGGCUGCGACAGAGGCAGGAACAUGUUCUCCACCGUGGCCGAGUGCGAGGAGCAGUGCGGCUCCAGCGGGAGACAAGACCCGUCUGUGUGCACGCUGCGCCCGGACGCCGGCCGCUGCACCCGGUUCGAGACGCGCUGGUACAGAGACCCCACCAGCAGCACCUGCGAGACGUUCCGCUACGGCGGCUGCGGCGGCAACGGCAACAACUUCGCCAGCCGCGCCGCCUGCCUGGAGCGCUGCGACACCGACCGCCGAGCCGAGAACGAGCUGUGCAACCAGCCGCCGGAGACGGGCGACCGUCCGUGCCGGCGCGAGGAGCAGCGCUACUAUUGGGACACGGCCACGGGCGUGUGCCGCGCCUACCGCUACUCGGGCUGCGGCGCCACCGAGAACAACUUCCUGACGCUACGCCAGUGCACGGACACGUGCCGCCGGCGCGGCCACAGCCCGCCGGGGCCCUCCGUGCCCGAGCGCUGCCGGCAGGAGGCCGAACGCAAACCGUCCGACGCCGGCGGCUGCGGCGUCCAGAGCAAACGAUACACGUAUUCCAGCAACCGGGGAUUCUGCAUUCCGUUCACGUACACUGGAUGCGAGGAGACUGAAAACAACUUCAUGACGCGAGCCGAGUGUCGAGAAACCUGCCAGCCCAAAGACCAGUGUCUGCUGGAGAUCGACCCUGGCCGGCGGUGUGACGUGCGCCGUCCCAUGGAGCGGUUCGCCUACGAUCCGCUGCUGGGCGGCUGCCGCCGGUUCCGGUACGCAGGCUGUGGCGGUAACGAGAACAACUUUGUGACGGAGCGGGCGUGCCUGCUGAGCUGCGGCGUGGGCGCGGCCACAGACGCUCAGGAGGUGUGCCUGCUGCCGCCGGUCGAGGACGGCAGCGUCAACUGCGGCGUCCGAGAGGAGAGGUUCUUCUUCGACUCGGCGCUGGGCCGGUGCGUCUCCUUCACGUUCACCGGUUGCCUAGCAACGGCCAACAAUUUCCUCAGCAUGGCCGACUGCCAGGACCGCUGUCCGGAGGUGGACGCCCCGCCGUCCCCGGACGACAGAGCGCUGUGCGCCCUGCCGCGGAUGGCCGGCUCGUGUCUGUCGCGCGUGCUGCGCUACUACUACGACACCGAGGAGCGACGCUGUCGGCCCUUCAUCUACACCGGCUGCGACGGCAACGCCAACAACUUCCUCGAGUUCCGCGACUGCACCAGCGCGUGCGACUCGCGCAGCCGCAGCCUCGAGCUCGGCGAGGCGCAGAUGCUCUCCGAGCUCCGGCUCAUCAUGGACAAAAUGGCGCCCGCAGAGCAAAUGGCGCUGGUCAGCACCACAGAGGCUGAGGCCGAGGUCACCUCGGUCACCACGCUCGAGCCGUGAGCGGGAUUGGGGAGGGUGCUGAUGUUUAAUGGCUGAUGUCUGCCAAGAGACAAGUGGCGAUCGUCCGGCCGAGCCCAACAGCGCGUUCGGCUCAAGUUCAGAAGGGCUGGAGCUCCACUGGCUCGCCCUUCAAUCGUGCUUUGUAUCAUUUUGCUCAUCGCGCUCCGCCAGCACGCCUUUGAUGUGUUCAUUAGUGGGCAUGGACGAAGUUCCGUCGUCAUAGCAUUCCGACCAUACUCACCAGUCACGACUCACAACUCACAAACGAUGUCGUGGUAUAUCACGCUGCCUUUCAUUCAUUCAGCUUGGUAGGUACUCCGAUGAGUAGCAUGCAUGCACGAGAACACACUGCAUAUCAACCGCAGUCGUGUUGAUGCGAAACAACUCUUGUACAUAUUCUCAUACGAUCGCAACGAUUUCUAGCAGAUCACCCAACGUGUGUGCAAGUAUCCCUCAGUAUCUAAGUGGUGUGGAAUGUUCAUUAAUUCAUCACCCCUGUGUUAGUGGGGUGAUUUACUCAUCUGACGCUAUGUGCAAGUGUUGUGUGCGGCUCGGGACAGAUUCAGUACAGAUAUGUUCAGAUGGCAGAUAAUUAAUAAAUGUACCUUAUUGGCGUUCA